AUGUUCGGGACCAAAUUGACGUACAGAACCUUCUCCAGGUCCUACAUUACACCCUCGCUGGAACACCUCAAAAAAGGUGCUGGUCUCAGUGGUAUUUUCUCCGAGAAAGGUCUACAAACAGCAUGGUUCGAUAGAGCAGAACAGCAUACCGAAAAACUCAAUCAGUAUCUCAGUCAUAGCGAGGAAAAACCCCUGGAGACUAUUGUUCACGGGUCCGCCAAAUCUGCAUCGAAACGUGAUGUUUUCAAUCAGGCAUCCCAGCUUUAUAACCUCAGGUUCGCUAUGAGCUGUUUGCAUGGAAAUGAUUUACCAUCUAUACAAAAACCAGGAGCCAGUUUUCUUCUGGAAACUCCAAAGCUGGAAUUGAAUUUCAAAAAUGACCCAAGGGAAACGGGGAACGCCAGAUUAAGUUCUGCACUCGCCUCAUCGUUUGGAUCUUUGGUUGAAUUCAGAUCUCUAUUGCUCAAUUCUAAUAAAGCGAUCUCCGGGGACGGUUAUACUUGGCUUGUAGCCAGAAAGGUCAAUACUUCUCAAAGAGAAUCGCUGGUCUCUGGGAAUGUCGAGUUCGAUUGGCUUUACGUGUUGAAUACUUACAAUGCAGGCUCUCCUUUCAAUUUCAAUAAAGUUGGCCAUAUCAGCGACCUACAGAAGCAAUUCGAAAAGCUGAAACCUGUUGAAGAAGUGGGUGAAGAGGAGGAAUCAAACCCGCUGCAAAUUAAGUCGGUCCAAGAGGCAAGAGAGUCGGAAUCUUAUAAAUCCACCACUUACGUCCCGCUCUUAGCUAUUGACGCCUCUCCUAAAGCGUGGCUUACAGAUUAUGGUGUUUUUGGCAAAGAUCUAUACCUCGAGAGGGUAUGGGAGUCAAUCGAAUGGAACGUGGUGGAACAGAGACUUCCGGCAAGAGCGCCAAACUAUCAACUGACAUGA